GCCGCGGCAAAUGACAAGCUGAUGGCUUAAACGAAAUUUUGUGUAGUCAUUUUUGCUUCGCUGCCUCGACAACACAUUAUCGGUGCCUGGAAACAAUAUUCAAUAGUCCACAAUGCAGAUGUUGCGUUUGCUGCAAAACUUACGAUUUGGCAGCCAUCUGAAGUCGCCGGAAGUUGCUGCGAUAGCCACUGAAAUUUAUGGGCAUUGUUUCGCUGAGCUAGCCAAAGAAACGCCCCAGCAGUCGGAUGCCAAAUUGCUGCAGUGCUUCGAUGCGCAGCCGAGCAAUCAAAUGGAGGCGAGCAUCGCACCCACUGCGGACGAUGUGUGGAUCUUUGGCUACGGUUCGCUGGUGUGGAAGGCCGACUUUCCAUAUAUUGAUCGACGUCGUGGUUUCGUCUGCGGCUACAAACGAAGAUUCUAUCAGCACAGUAUCGAUCAUCGCGGCAUACCAGAGAAACCGGGUCGAGUCGUCACCCUGCUGCCCGGCGAUGCAUCCAGGGAUCGUGUGUAUGGCGUCGCCUAUCGCAUUGCGUCCGCCCAAAAAUCCCAGGUGCUCGGUCAUCUCGACUAUCGCGAAAAGAACGGCUACGAGCGUUGCAUCCUGGAAUUUCACGAGUAUCCGCACACCGCCGCACCGAGGACACCCAUCGAGGUGAUUAUGUAUGUGGCGACGCAGGCGAACGACUCCUAUGCGGGCAACGUGUGGCAAGUGCCGUGCAUUGCCCGCCAGAUCUUCACCUCGGCCGGGCCCAGUGGACCCAAUCGGGAGUAUCUCUUUAAUUUAUCGAUUGCGAUGCAUCAACUCUUCCCCGAUGCCAUCGACGAGCAUCUCGAGGAACUGGUCGACUGUGUGCAACGACACAUUCAAAGCGAUGAGCCCACACUCCUCGAGCGCGCCCUGACCAGAGAGAUAACGAGUAUUCUAACGCAAGCCUUGACGGAUGCGGAUGUGGAUGCGGUUGCGGAUGCACCGUUGCAAUUGGAGCAGAUAGCGGAGCGAUUGGAGGCGUUGCAUGUGGCCUGCCAACGUUCUGGUUGGCGGGAAAGAUUCCUUAAUCGGGAGAUGCAGCAGAUGCAAAGCUCCUGACCGUUUAGGAUUUGCAUAAAUCUGUAAGAUAUAUAAAUAUAAAUAUGUGUGCAGCCUAUUAAGUAAAUACGUCACUGUAAAUAUCAAAAACGAGCAGAAUUGGUUAACAAACAAUUAAAAAUUGCGAUUUUUUGACAUCGA